AUCAAAUCACACUCCAAUCAUCAUGGCACCACACAAGAAUGAUGAGUCGCCGGCGAGCACAACCGCCCCGGCUGCUGCCACUCCCAAAGGCUCCAAGCUGAUGAACCGCUCGUUCAAAGUCGAACCGGAGCUGGUUGUAUCUGCAAAGGGCAUUCAUCUGCAUCUCGCUGACGGCCGCACCAUCAUCGACGGGUGUGGUGGCGCUGCUGUGACCUGCAUUGGCCACGGCAAUGAAGAAGUCAUUGAAGCCAUGUACGAGCAGUCCAAAAAGGUCAGCUAUGUUCACACACAGUCCUACGUCACAUCGUCCGCCCAAGAAUUGGCCGACUUCCUUCUCGAGGGCAACCCGUAUGGUCUGGAAAAGGCCUUCUUUGUGGGCAGCGGCAGCGAGGCCGUUGAGUCGGCCAUGAAGCUGGCCAAACAGCACUUCUACGAGCUUGGAGAAACCCAGCGCGUGCACUUUGUAUCCCGUCGACAAGCCUACCACGGCAAUUCCAUGGGCAGCAUGUCCAUCACAUCGCAUCUCCUACGCAAGCGCCCCUACAACGACUACGGCCACCAGCAUGUGUCCCACGUCACUCCCGCAUUUGCCUACCGCUACAUGAAGGACGGCGAGACAGAGUCCCAAUUCUCACAGCGCCUUGUCCAGGAACUCGAGGACGAGUUUCUCCGCGUAGGCCCCGAAAAGGUGAUUGCCUUUGUCGCAGAGACCAUUGGCGGCGCGCUUCCAGGCUGUGUCGCGCCGCCUGCAGGCUACUUCCAAGGCGUACGCCGCGUGUGCGACAAGUACGGCAUCCUGCUCAUCAUGGACGAAAUCAUGUGCGGCACUGGCCGCAGCGGAACCUUCUUUGCCUUUGAGCCCGAGGGCGCGUCGCCCGACAUCAUGACGGUGGCCAAGGGCCUCGGCGGCGGCUACGCCACUAUUGCCGCCGUGCUGGCGACCGGCAAAGCACUCGAGCCUAUCCGUCGAGGCUCGAGUGCCUUUAACAGCGGACACACCUACCAGGCGCAUCCGCUCGCGUGUGCAGCGGCUCUGGCCGUCCAGAAGAUUAUUCGCCGUGACGGCUUGGUUGAACGUUGUGCCAAGAUGGGGCUGCUGCUUGAGCAGAAGCUCCGGGCACAGCUUGCCGAGUGCCGCUCUGUAGGGGAUAUUCGCGGUAGAGGAUUAUUCUGGGCCGUGGAGUUUGUCAAGGACGCCCAGACAAAGGAGACGUUUGACCCGAGUCUGGGGUACGGCACUCGCGUCCAGCAGGCGGCUUUCCAGAUGGGCGUCGCUCUGUAUCCCGGAUGGACGACGGUGGAUGGCGUCCGCGGAGACCAUGUGUUGUUUGCGCCGCCGUUUACCGUAACAGAAGAGGAGCUUGAUACUAUUGUGGAUGUGGCGAAGAGGGCCAUCUUGUCGCAAGAGGCCCAGUUUCUGUAAUAAUACGUGGGAAAGUUUGAAUGGGUUUACAUAUAUAUAGACUGGUUAUAAUGAAUGCAAAUGAAAUGUCAUACACCUCGAACUUUUGAUUGU